AUGGCAUCGACAGAUGCUCAAGACGUUCAAGCCCAGUCCGCCGCACCGGGAUUGCCGGACUAUGUUCUCGAUGCCGACGCAGUGUUGAAAGACACCGAUGUCAAGUGGCGCUAUGGCCAGGCACCUGACUACAGCAAGACUCGGAAGAUGUGGGACGAAACCAAGAAGUCAAACCACACAGCGGGUAGCCUCCCCGACCUGGUGGAGAAGCUGGUCAAGAACUGGGAAGUCGAGGCGUCUCACAAAACGGACUUGGCGGACUGGCGCACCAUCGACAAAGCGAAAUAUGUCUUUUCGGUCAAUGGCGGCCCAGACCAGACCGGUGAGCACAUGCUAAAGGUCGGCACAUACAACGCCAUCCUGGAGCCCAGCGAGUUCUACUGCCCGCGCCACUCCACUUUUGACGACAGCCACAAGACGUUCAAGCACAUGAUGCCGGCAUUUGCGUGGGAGGUUCUCGAGGUAUACAGUGGCCCGCCACAGGUCGCGUUCCGAUGGCGCCAUUGGGGCGUGAUGAAGGAGGAUUAUGUUGGCUCCAACAAAAAUGGAGAUAGGGUGACCAUCAAAGCACAUGGCAGGCCUAUUGAUAUCGAGGGCGUCGCCGUCGCCGUCGUGAAUGACAAACUGCAGCUACAAAAGGUGGAAGUGUUUUUCGAUCCGAUGGCCAUGUUUCGGCAGAUGGUCGGUGCAGAAGACAUAGACUAA